ACGGCUACAAUUUGUUUCGCAUUAAAGUCCUCGGCUUGACCCGCUUCUCCCACGUUAUUGAAUAUUGAAUUUCCGACCCAGGCAUCACAAUUCAACACCUUUCUCUUCCUCUUCCUCCAGAACUAAAGAAAAGUAGCUGACGGGAAUUUAAUGGAGCUGAGAAGCGAGUUCUUACCGCAAUUGAGAAUUCGAGAGCAAGAACUCGGAGGAGUUGUGUCCAAACGUGUCAAGAAUGAGUCGCUUAUCGUCGUCAAUAUGUUUACCAGGGAGACACUUCAUGUUUCUUUUGAUAGAUGGAAAAAUCUUGAAGUACAUUGUAAUGAUGACCAAAAUAUCCGCCAUUCACAUCUUUUCAAGAGUGAGAUCACAAAGAACAAGCUGCCUGAGCUAUCCUUUAAUCGGCUACAGCCAACUGAGGAGUACAGUGGACUAAGAAAACGUAGCUUUGGCCGUUUUGUUGCUCGUGAGGCCAUGCUGGAUGAAGAAUACUGGGCAGCGUCUUGGCUACGAGCAGAAGCUCAUUGGGAAUCCCAAUCCUUCACUAGGCAUGUUGAUGCUUAUAAAAGAAACUUUGCAGACCAGGAGUUCUAUUCUUUGAGGCAAAGAUGUUCUGUCCAGGAUAGAAGAUCACUAAAGUGCUUCUGUUUUGUUGCAGUCAAGAAGGAAGAUAAAAAUGUCAGAAGAACUGUACUAAAUAGUGUGGUGGGAACUAUGGAUCUUAGCAUUCGGCAAUUUGUGCAAGGGGAGACAUAUCCCGGGGAAGUGAAAAGGCAGUCGGGAGUCUUUGCACCCUUUGACGCACAUAGAUAUGCUUAUAUUGCAAACGUUUGUGUGGCUAAGUUUGCUCGUCGUCAGGGUAUUGCUUCAAAUAUGCUCUACUUGGCAUCCGAUGUUGCUCUGUCAGAAGGUAUGAACCAGCUAUUUGUUCAUGUAAAUGAAGGGGACAAAGUUGCUCUGGAUCUGUACAGGAAGGUUGGCUUUGAGGUUGUUGAGGCUGCUUCAUCUCGAGUGUCAAAUGAACAUAUGCUGUUAAUGUCCAUGGAAUUGUGACCCCCCCCCCCCCCCCCCCCCCAAUAAUACAUGAAUUCUGCACGAAUUUUAGGUAGUUUGUGUUUGGCCUCUUAUGAUUUUCUUUUUUUUAAGUAGAAUUCUGAGGCCACAUAAGGUUUUUAGUGUCUAUAGGGCCUGCAAAGCAAAGUUGUAUAUCUGUAAACAAUUUCAAAGAGUAGUAGCUGUAAGAGGUCAAGCCAUGAAGUGCUCACUCUGGCCAAUAUGAAUCUUUGUUAUCUGUUACUCAUGGCUAAUUUGAAUUGAAGACCACACGUUUAGGCUUGUCAAUUUGUCAUUAUUACCACCUUUCGAUUUACACGGGUUUGGUGAAUGAUUUGCAAACAUUCAUGUUCUC